UGGCCGUCAUCUGUUCAGUGUCUCCAUCUCCGUCCUUCUCGUUCUCUUCGAUCGCAAAGGGUUAAAGAGACAGGGUUUGCCCGGCCCCGUCCGCCUUGACGAAGCUUUAGCCUCGGCCUGGCCCUGUAAAGGACACUUUUUGUAUCUUCUUCUUCUUGUUGUUUGCUUCCGAUCCUAUCGAACAAGCAAGGCAAGAUGACGGUGAAGCUGUCAAAGGCGGAGAAGAAGGUGGUGUACGAUAAGAAGCUAUGUUCUCUGCUGGACGAGUACAGCAAGGUGCUCAUCGCGGUCGCAGACAACGUCGGCUCCAACCAGCUUCAGAACAUCCGCAAGGGCCUCCGCGGCGACUCCAUCGUCCUCAUGGGCAAGAACACCCUCAUCCGCCGCUGCAUCAGGAUCCAUGCUGAGAAGACCGGGAACAAGAACUACCUCAACCUCCUCCCUCUCCUCAUCGGAAAUGUAGGUCUGAUUUUUACAAAAGGCGAUCUUAAGGAAGUUAGUGAGGAGGUUGCCAAGUAUAAGGUUGGAGCUCCUGCUCGUGUUGGGCUUGUUGCUCCUAUUGAUGUUGUUGUCCCCCCUGGAAACACUGGAUUGGACCCUUCACAGACAUCUUUUUUUCAGGUGCUUAAUAUUCCAACCAAGAUUAACAAGGGUACUGUGGAAAUCAUUACCCCUGUUGAGCUGAUUAAGAAGGGAGAAAAAGUGGGCUCAUCUGAGGCUGCUCUACUUGCAAAGCUUGGGAUAAGACCUUUUUCAUAUGGCCUUGUCAUUCUAUCUGUUUAUGAUAAUGGAUCCGUCUUCAGUCCUGAGGUGCUGGAUCUCUCGGAGGAUGACCUGAUCGAAAAGUUUGCAGCUGGUAUCUCCAUGGUUACCUCAUUGUCUUUGGCUGUUUCUUACCCAACACUUGCAGCAGCACCCCACAUGUUCAUCAAUGCAUACAAGAAUGUGCUUGCUGUUGCAAUUGCAACCGAGUACACCUUCCCACAGGCGGAGAAAGUUAAGGAAUACCUAAAGGAUCCAAGCAAGUUUGCUGUUGCUGCUCCUGUUGUUGCUGCAGAAGCUGCAGCGGCACCCACAGCGGAACCUGCAGAAGAGAAGAAAGAGGAGCCUGCUGAGGAAUCUGAUGACGAUAUGGGCUUUAGCUUGUUUGAUUAGGGUGGGCGAGUCUUUUAAGUUUUUCUCUCUAAGAUCAAUUUGUCUUUCCAGGUUUAGUUCUACUAAAAUUUUGGGAUGUAAGUGGAGUUUUUGCUUUUUGAUGUGGUCUCUUAGCAAGUAAUCAUCUGCAAUUCUCAUUUAGAUGUCUUGACUAUUAAUGCUAAUUGCUUAAUUUUUUGUGGAACAUUAAACUCUGGAAAUUAUCCCAGAA